AGACAGUCUAACAAAUGCUGCUGCCUGAUAUCGGCCUGCACUUGACUCGCUCUCGUUUAAUCACUUCGCUAAUCACAGGGUCAUUAACCACAAUUACGAGUCUCUGACUAUCACGGUCGAUCAUCUUCGUCCUCUACCACUAGGAUUCAUUCGUUAUGGCCACCAACGCCUGUCUGUUCUCGCGCUUGAGGCCUGGAAAGCUUUCCACCAAGAAGGUCCAUGGCUUCCUCGCGUUGCCCGGAGAGGUCAGAAACAUAACCUAUAAGUACUACUUUCGAUCAGACGUCCGCUGCGAAUUUGCCGCCAAAGGGUGUCACUUCACGCAAUUUAAGAGACGUUUGGUGAAGUUGCGGUCGAACUUGGUGCACAUGAACGAUCACAGCACGAAGCAGGAGAAAGAGCGUCCCAUCACUAUCCGUGUCUCGAGGAAAUUGGGAAAAUACAACAUCGUCCGAGGUCUCCAAACUAACUGGCUUGCCUCAGUUUACGCCCUCAACCUCGUUUGCAAACUGAUACACGUGGAGACCUUAGCCUUCCUCUACAGUAACACCGUCUUUGUCUUUGAAUCUCCUAGGCGUAUCACCAAUUUCCUGGAAAUCGUCUCAAAACCAAAUCUGGAGAACAUCACCAAGUUGCAGCUGCAUUAUGCAACUUAUGGAGCUCCAAAUCACCUCGACGACACCAUAUGGCAAGACAAACACACCAAGACUUGGACGCGAGCGUGCAAUACUGCCUCAAAGAAGCUUUCCUGCUUGCGGGAACUAGAGAUCUGGAUCAAGGUUAAUCACAGCCCUCUUCGCUUCAACCUCCGUGAGAACUGGGUCAAGCCUUUACUUCAAUUCCGCCGAUUAACGUGCACAUCAAAGUUGGGCGAUGGUAGCACAACUUCCGAUCCGCCCACCGCCCACCAGAAGAAACUUGAGAUCGUCAACGUCCACAUUCGAACGCGCUGGUCUGAGAACCCCUUGGCUGCUUUUGAUUAUAACAAGGAGCUGGCUAGGGCAAGUUCAGACCUGCAUGUAGUAUUCGGUCGGGCUGUAAGCCUCGCCAUACUCGGCGCCAAAGAGGACCACGCGAUGGCCGACUUUAACACUGCAUGGCGAGAAACGCACCAAGCCUGGCAGUAUCACCUUGGCUAUGGAAAGAUCGAUUGGUGAGCAGCUCGGGGGACGUGAGAUGCAGGGAAGGAUAUCGAGAGCGGUUUCUACAUAUGAGUAAAUUAGGGCGGCAAAGGAAUCUGAUAACCGACGUGGAUACUGAGAAGACCUGC